AUGGUGUAUAGUUUGCACGUUUUGGUCCUGUUGGCGGCCGUGCUGGGGCUAUGUCUCCUGCUGAAGUCAAGGGCAUCACAAGCCCCACCACUUCCCCCAGGGCCGAAACGACUGCCCAUAAUCGGGAACAUAGGAAGCGAUCUCCCGCCACCCGGUGGUAAAGACUGGGAACAUUGGCUGAAACAUAAGAAGUUGUAUGGGCCCAUCAGUUCCGUCACAACAGCGGGGCGUACCAUCAUAAUUCUAAAUGCCACAAAUGUUGCGAUGGAACUGCUGGAAAAGCGCUCGGCGCGAUACUCAUCGCGUCCGAGAAUGGUGAUGGCCCGUGAGCUCGCUGGAGCGGACCUAUUUGUAACCAUGAGGAACGAUCCUGCGACCGUUCGCGCACAGCGAAAACGUGUGCAUCUACAACUGCGCUCUGAGAACGCAUUAUUAUCCCUGUAUCCACAGAUGGAUUUAGAGGUCCGGCGAUUCCUCCUGAGGACAUUGCUGAAGCCCGAGGGAGUGUUGGAUCAUAUCAAAACCACAAUCGGAGGCAUUAUAUUAAAAGUAACAUACGGUUAUAACAUUAGUCCUCAUGGUCAAGAUCCACUCCUUGAUCUUGUAGCGAAGACAGCACAUGGAUUUGGCAUGGUCAAUCAACCAGCAGGCUGGCUGGUGGACAGUAUUCCUGCCUUGAGGUACUUGCCGAGUUGGCUUCCAGGGGCUGGGUUUCAGAAGAACGCCCGUGAGUAUCGACGCGGAUUCAAUGAAUUAGCGGACUGGCCGUUUGCCUUUGUCCAGCACCAGAUGAAGGAGGGCAAGUUCGAGUCUUCAUUUGUUUCUAAGCAAAUUGAACAGGCAGGCCCGCAGCUGAGUCCCGAGGAGGAAGUAGAGAUCAAACAGUCGGCAGCUGCGGUAUACCAAGCUGGCUUUGAUACGACUGCUUCCACGAUAGCAUCCUUCUUCCUGGCUAUGGCGCUUUUCCCAGCUGCACAGCUCAAGGCGCAGGAAGAAAUCGACCGAAUUGUCGGAUCUAGGCUACCUAUACCUGAAGAUCAGGAGAACUUGCCUUACGUCAAUGCACUGAUUAACGAGGUCCUACGGUGGAAUCCGGUAGUUCAAAUAGGCAUCAUGCACGCAGCCACUGAGGAUGAUAUCUAUGAGGGCUACCUGAUCCCCAAGGGAGCCCCGGUGGUCCCUAAUAUCUGGGCAUUCACGCAUGAUCCUGACGUGUAUUCCAACCCUAUGUCGUUCAGUCCCGAGCGCUUCUUGGAUUGGGAUGGCCACGUUCCCGAACGCAAUCCACACACCCUCGCCUUCGGGUUUGGUCGCCGGGUUUGCCCUGGUCGUCCCCUGGCAGACUUCAAUAACUUUCUCAUGAUCGCGCGAUCCCUCGCAGUAUUUCGGAUCAGCAAGGCCAUGCAAGAUGGUAGGGAGAUCAACCCCGUCAUAGAUUAUCAACCUGGAAUUGUUGGCCAUCUAUCGCCCUUCGAUGUUAACAUCCAGCCACGGAGCACGGAAUGUGAAGCGCUCAUCCGCUCCAUUGAAGCCGGGGAUGUCGAGUCACGAGGCGAUUCAGUGGCGCUUAAGAAACUCCGAGACUAG